AUGGCAACUCCAGGCGACGUCGACAUGGACCAGGGCGACCAGUCCCAGCCCUUCACUGUCGAGGAAAAUAUCCAGCAGCUCAACGCCAUCGACAAGUCUAUCGUGCAGCUCAUGAAUCACGCCGCUACAGCCCUCGGCGCGCUCACCACGCCGACGACCGAAGGAUCGGCCAAGCCCCCGCUGGAUCCGCCCGCACAGAAGGAAGCGUUCCGUUCUGCCACCGACGCCUUCCUGACGACGCUGCACGGCGUUGACGUCCGAAUGAAGCGACAGGUGCUCGCCCUCGAGGAGGCUGGCAUCGUGCGGCUGUCUGCUGUCUCAUCGCAGGAGCCCAAGGGCACCACCAAGGCCUCUCUGAAGCCGAACGGCGUGGGCAACGUGGGAAACCUGGAUGUGGGCUGGCUCAACAGCAGGGGCACCAGGGUCGAGCGGGACAUGGAGGCGGAGCUCUGGAGAGACGCGCGCGAGUUUCUCGAGAAGCGAGGCAACAACUAA